UCAAGUACCAGAGUUUUCCCGAGACAUACAACUAAUCCUCACUGAGGCAAACAACUCAUAUCGCAACACUGGAAGACCUUUCAUGGAUGCCAGUGUUAAAUCAGCAAUAAUGCAAGACCUUGCAAAAGUAAUUUUUUCGUACACUGCUUACCCAACCAAUCAGCAGAUCCUCUCAGUGGCUGAAGCGUUGGUUUCAAAGUUUCCGUGUCUUAAGGAGCCAGGAUCAUUUGCCGGCUUAUAUGGCUGGCAGCAGCGCAUAAAAAACAAGAUGCACAAUUACCGUGCCAAGCUAAGAUCUCGAAAAUUUUCUUACCCAGAAAUUGAAAUUAAUGCCUUAAAAAGGAAACAUCCAGCUAAUGCAGUGCCAUCAAAGAAUGUAAAAAAGCCAAAAAAAGCAGAGGUUAAUUAUCUCCCUCCGCAUCCUACUGGAGAAACACCAGAGACACUGGAGAAAGAGAGGCUUGAAAUGAUUUAUGAAAUAACAAAGAAAAACAACGCAAAGAUAAUUGCUGAUAAAAUGAAUAAAACAUUCUCUAGCAGAAGACUUGAAGUGGUCAGCAUCUGCCCCUCUGUGGGUGAAUUAAAAGAAAGGUGGCCUGCAUUAUUCACUGAGGCUCAGAUCAUCGAAGAGUUCAGACGCAUCACCACAGUUUCUUUGGUGGAGACAUUCAUGCUGAAACUUGAUGAGUACACACCAGGUCUUUUGCAGCUUAUGCGUGCCAAAGGGGGAGCUGCUGGUUCCAAGAUGAGACCUCUACUGGACACUUUGAAUGACACACAGAGCAUUGAGAAGAAAAGGGAUGUUGUUAUCUGCUGCCUCAUUAGCUACCUCGGGGAAAGACGAGAAGAUCUUUUUCAUGACUGCCAGGAAUGUGAGGAUUACACAGAUGAUAUGAUGAAAGUGAUCGUGAUCCACAACAUCAUGGCUGAGGAGGAUCCAUCAGAUGUGUUCAUUGUGAUUGAGGGAAACCAAGUGAUGGAGGGAUGUGGAAGCCGAACAAAGGCAUGUGUACUGCUGAUGGGACUGAUAUAUGCCCUCAACCUCGAAUAUCCGAAGGAGCUGAAGAACACAUUUGACACUUUUCAAAAACUGUUUUUGCAACUCGACGGGGCGGAACUACUGAACAAGGUCCACAGCCUCAAAAAUAAGCUUAUGCAAUGCACACACAUUUCCCCUCUUGUUCCCAGAGGAUCUUUUGUCCAGACGUAGCUUGAUGAAGCUGUAAUUUUUCUUCUGACAGCACACAAACUAUUGAAUGUUGGCGUUAGUGUUCUGUUCUAUCUACAUAUGUUUGAUAACGUACAUGCACAGAAACAACCUUGUAGAGUUUCUGUGCUUUUGGCUUUUAAAAUGGACUAAGUUGCCUUGGAAAGUGUUGUCUGCAAUAUCUGUUGUGUUGCACUU